AUGCCGGGAGAAAGGUCAACAAACAUUUUUGUACAAGAGUUUAGGCCAUCAGAAAAACGCGAAGGCGUUGACCGAGUAAACGAACUCAAGAGGGCCGCAAGUGACCUCAAGUCGCAACCCUCAUACAGGAGGCAUCAUCACCCACCACCUCCAAAGCUCGCCAACCCCACACCGUUGGGAUUAUCUGCUUUCGCCUUGUCCGUAAUGGUAAUCUCCUUCUAUAACUGUCGCGCAUUUGGAAUCGACAUUCCAAAUGCUGCUGUUGGAGUCUGUUUAUUCACCGGUGGCGCUGUUCAGUUCGCAGCUGGUAUGUGGGAAAUGAGAGUAGGGAACACUUUUGGCGCAACAGGUUUUGGUGCCUUUGGUGGGUUCUGGGCUUCGUACGGUGUCCUUUUAUUGCCCUCUGUCAACGUUGAACAAGCAUUUGCAAACGAUACACAGUAUCAUAAUGCAAUGGGUGUAUUUUGUAUAGCUUGGACUAUCUUUACAUUUCUUUUCACCUUGGCUUGCAUCCGAACAAGUGGCGCCGUUCUCAGCGCCUUCGUUCUUCUCACGAUUGUGUUCCUCUUUGAGACUCUCUAUCAUUUCACAAUGACCCAACUAUUCAUGAAUAUUGCUGGCAUACUCGGCAUUGUUACUUCAUGCGUCGUUUGGUACUGCUUCGCUGGUGUCUUGCUGACUCCCGAUCUAUCGCCUAUAAGACUACCUCUUUAUGACUUGAGCGUCAAG